AUGCAGAACCCCAAUGAAGACACUGAAUGGAACGAUAUAUUGCGUUCUAAAGGAAUCCUUCCACCAAAAAAAGAAAAGGAAAUAACGGAAGAAGAUGUCAUUAAUCUUGUAGAGCAGACAGUCCGUGAAAAACAAAAUGGAGAAAAAAAAGAUAUAGUUGAUAUGUCAUUGGAUGAAUUGGAUGAAUUAGAAGAUGAUGAAGAUGAACGAAUACUAGAAGAUUAUCGUAGACGUAGAAUAGCAGAGUUAAAAGAACAAGCACGAAAAGACGUUUUUGGCGAAGUGAUAGAAAUAAGUGGUCAAGAUUUUGUGGGUCAAAUCAAUAAAGCAGGAUCUGGAAUAUGGGUGGUUUUACUAUUACAUAAACAAGGCAUUCCAAUUUGUGCAUUGCUGUCUGAAUAUUUAAAUCAUUUAGCAAGAAAAUUUCCUGCUACAAAAUUUGUUAAAAGCAUUUCAACAACUUGCAUCCCAAAUUAUCCGGAUAGUAAUUUGCCGACUAUUUUCAUAUAUUAUGAAGGUGACCUAAAACAGCAAUUUGCCGGACCAAGAAUAUUUUCAUUAAACAUUACUCAAGAUGAGUUUGAGUGGAUGUUGGGUCAAACUGGUGCUGUGAAAACAAAGUUGAAAGAUAAUCCUAGACCAAAGACUAGAGAUGUAUUGUUUGACAAUUUACUCACUAAUAUGUGA